AUGAGGGGACUGAAAUUCGAUGUGGAUGACAUGAAUGUGAAAAUGGCAAACCAAGACCAAACCAAAAUACUUUACAUCAAACAGCAGCUGGCCACCAUAGAUCACACUCCACAUCACCCAGUUUACCCUUUUAUGAUACAGGAGGCAAUUAUGGAUUUAAAUGAAGAAGGGGGAUCAACCAAGAAUUCAAUAUCACAGUUUAUCACGAGAAAGUAUGAUGUUUCUCAGGUUGUUCAUGCGGCUAAAUUAAUUGAGCAAUUAGAGAAACUUGUGAAGAAAGAAGAGAUAGUUUUUACUCCUGAAAACCGUUUUAUGCUUCCAGCUGUGGAUAGUUACCCUCCUGAGUUAAACCAGGGAAAGAGGCAGUUGGCGCAUUGUAAACAGGACAGGAGAAAUAAUAAGAUGCAAAAGGUCUAUGAAAGAAUUGACGUACAGGGAGAUCGGAAUGCAAUUAUGGAAGUAGAAGAUCAACCUGAAAGUAAUAAAAAGAAUGAACCACGAGCACUUCAAAGUGAAGGCAUUGAAAACCAGGACCAUUUACAAGAAGACCGGGUCAUGUCAUCUGAGGAAGAGAGGCUCGAGAUGACAGCUGAAAAAAUUUCUCAAGUCAUUCAAGGACAGUCGAGAUUGAUUGAAGAAGAAAAAUAUAGGCAGCUCGCCGAAGGAGUAGAUGAGGGAAGACAUGGUAAAGAACAAAUCCAAGUGAGUGGAAACAAGGCAGCUGGAGAACGAAGUCAAUUACAACUAGAAGAAGUCCAAGUAACUGAAGUUCAAGUGGGAGCUGAACGUCAAAGUAAAGUAACUGAAGAUCUCAAUAAUGUUGAACAUCUGGAAAAUGAAGGAAUUAACAGCGAAGCUGGACCUCAAAGUUCACAAGAUUUGUAUGCUGAGGAACAUCCUCAUUUAGAGCAAACACAUAUAAGAACCAUUGAUAUGAAGAUUGAAACACGAGGGAAAGAAAUUGAAGUGAUUGGGGAGCGAAAGACGUUGCAAGAAAAAGAUAAUGAAGUGGGGAACAAUGCUACAGAAAUUAGCCAUACACCGGAAUCUUAUGUUGAGAAACCUGAAGAUGAAGCCACGAUCACUAUGCCAAGUUCUUCUCAGACAAGUCAACAGUUGGACCAUCCUGGAUCGUCACUGUUAUUACAUACUAUGAAGGUAAAUGAUGAAAAUUGGACUUAG